UUCGAAUCCGAAAAAUAUAUUCUGGGCCCCAGCCAGUUUCUGCAAGAUUUCACCGCCACUUGCGCCACAAAAAAAAAAAAAGAAGAUUGUUUCCCUCAAUUUAAUGUCGUUUGCCAACUUGGAUCUUGAGGCCCAAAAACAGGCCCCUGGCAAUGGCAGCACAUCCGGCCCUGCAGAUCAAUUCAACAGGAUAAGUUCCCAGCUGUCGGAUCUGAUUUCCAACAUCUCAAAAUUCGAUAAAUUGCAGCAACAGCUAGGUACAAAAAAGGACACUGUUAAUUUGCGAGACAAGCUGUCAUCACUAGUCACAAAAUGUAACUCUCUGCAUUCAGAAAUUGACCAAAGCUUGUCAACACUGGAAAAGAGUCCAGAGGUGAUAAAUAAUAUGACUUUGCAGUACACCAAACAAAAACUCAAAGCCCAAUGUGCAGAAAUGUUCCGCAAUUACCAAUUGGUUCAGCGAGCGUAUAAUGAGCGACUUCAGUCUGUGGUAGUCAACGAAGAGUACGAAAACAACAAAAAUGACGCAAACCCUGCCGAAACAACUCCUCUUCUUCAGCAGCAGCAGCAGCAGAAGACCCAGAUCACUAACACGGAGCUGGAAUUUCACGAGUCGGUUAUACAACAAAGAGAGCAAGCUAUCGAUAACAUAUCUCGCGGUGUCCAAGAUAUCAAUAAGAUUUUCCAGGACCUAAAUGAAAUGGUCAACCAGCAAGGCGAGCAGAUCGAUACAAUUGAGGAUAAUUUAUUAACAUACACCAGCGAUAACCGCGUUGCACAUCGUGAGCUUGCUAAGGCGGAUGCGUACCAAAAGAAAAAAAGAAAUUGGACCUGUGUACUGUUGGUCGUGCUGGUGGUGGUUUUAUUGAUCUUGAUAGCUCUUAUGAACUAAAUAGAGGAGGCUGUGCGCGAAGGCGUUUCCACACUUUCUGUAUCUGAGCCAUUUUCUUUCUGGUCAUUGAUCCAGUCCGAAACCCGUCUUCUUCUCACAGCAGUGCUGUCGUCGAACACUGUAGCUGACUCUCCUAAACAUUCUGCUUUUGCUCUCAUUCGUUUGUCUCUCUUUCUCUCUAUUUUUUCUAGCAGGUCUACAGCUAAAUCUUCAAAGAACUCGGCUAUCUCUUCUCUGUGCACAUACAAAAC